GCUGGAAGGUUUUUUUUUUUCUUUCUUUCCUUUCUUUCUUGCUUCCUUUCUUUUCUUUUUUUUUUUUUGACCUAGUCAGGGGGAGGAGAGCGAAAAUACUGAGAGACUGGGAGUAAGAAAAGAGAACAGCAAGCCGGUCUGCAGGAAUUCUGAGUUAGAGCAUACAGCUUUCCUGGUUCCUGUCACAGGACUUUAUCUUCAGCACCUUCUGGAUUUAUACUACAGAGGAGCUUCUUUUAGGAAUUGUUAACAGUGGGAUAUCAACAGGGGAGAGAAAGGACAAUCAGCGCCUUGUGUGAUUUGAUUAUAAUUUUUUUUACAAAUCUAGAUGUUUCAAGCUUUGAUGUUUUCCUUAUCGUGGUGGAAUUAGGGAUUGGUAAAUCAUAAAACAAAAACCCAUUAAGGCUGAGAACUCCUGAAACAACAUCCUCGCUGUCAGGAAUAGUGGUUUCUGAGAAGGAAGAAGGGCCUGGGGCAUUACUCCCUGUCAACGACUUUUCUGCAUCAGAUAUAACGAUUCCAGCUACAUGGGCAAACGCUUGGAACAGCAACAAAUGUACCCUCAGUACACUUACUACUAUCCUCAUUAUCUCCAAACCAAGCAGUCCUAUGCACCAGCUCCCCAUCCCAUGGCUCCCCCCAGCCCAAGUACAAACAGUAGUAACAACAGCAGCAACAGCAAUGGAGAACAGCUGAGUAAAACAAACCUAUAUAUAAGAGGACUUCCACCUGGCACGACAGACCAAGACCUCAUUAAGCUAUGUCAACCGUAUGGGAAAAUCGUAUCAACCAAGGCAAUCUUGGACAAAAACACAAAUCAAUGCAAAGGUUAUGGAUUUGUAGAUUUUGACAGCCCUGCUGCAGCACAGAAAGCUGUUGCAUCACUGAAAGCUACUGGUGUGCAAGCCCAAAUGGCAAAGCAACAAGAGCAAGACCCAACCAAUUUGUACAUUUCAAACUUGCCUAUUUCGAUGGAUGAACAAGAAUUAGAAAACAUGCUUAAACCAUUUGGACAUGUAAUUUCUACAAGAAUAUUAAGAGAUGCAUGUGGAGUCAGUAGAGGAGUAGGAUUUGCACGAAUGGAAUCUACAGAAAAAUGUGAAGUGGUAAUUCAGCAUUUCAAUGGAAAAUAUUUGAAAACACCUCCAGGUGUACCAGCUCCACCAGAGCCUUUACUGUGUAAAUUCGCUGAUGGAGGACAAAAGAAGAGGCAAAAUCAGAGCAAAUAUACACAAAAUGGGAGGCCGUGGCCUAGAGAUGGCGAGACUGGAAUGACAUUGACAUAUGACCCAACAGCAGCUAUGCAGAAUGGAUUUUAUUCUACUCCCUACAAUAUUGCAACAAACAGAAUGAUUCCACAAACAUCCAUCACACCUUUUAUUGCUGCUUCCCCUGUAUCUACUUAUCAGGUACAAAGUACAUCUUGGAUGCCUCACCCACCAUAUGUUAUGCAACCAACGGGUGCUGUUAUAACACCAACGAUGGACCAUACCAUGUCAAUGCAGCCGGCUAGUAUGAUGGGCCCUCUAACACAACAAAUGAAUCACCUCUCCUUGGGGACAACCGGAACAUAUAUGACUGCUGCUGCACCUAUGCAAGGAACCUAUAUACCCCAGUAUAAUCCUGUGCCUCCAACAGCUGUUCAAGUUGAAGGUGUUGUUGCUGAUACCUCUCCUCAAACAGUACCAUCUUCAUCACAGGAAGCAAGUGGACAGCAGCAGCAAAUAUCCGUAGAGACGAGUAGUGAACAUGUUCCGGCAUACUCCUACCAACAAUCCAAGUAAACAAGUGAUAAUAAACAGGACUGAAGAAUGUUGGUCUGAAAACCUUGCCUUGAAUGGAGACACUUCAUUAAGAAGUUGACUUCCUCUUUGCACAGGCAUCAAACAGAAGCUUUUUUUUUCCUUUUUAUUUUUUUCUAACCAGCUCAACAGUGUUUUUAUGUGCUGUGCAAAAACAAACAAAAACAAAACAAUGGAAAAGAAAAAUGUUCAGUUAUGUAGUUUGACAAUUUUAUUUUUGCUACUCUUUCUUAAUGAAUACACACCAAGAAAAACACAAUGCUGGGUCAUCAUUUCAUCUGGAACUUGAUGUAUAACUGAAGCUAUACAGCAGAUAGUACAGACAUUAGGAAACAGUGAAACCUAUGUUGAGGAGCAGCACUUCAGAUGGAACCAUAAUUGUCUUCCUCUAUAAUUAAGCAAAACCGCCUCUUUCUUGUAUUUUGUUUCAGAAUUCUUUCUAUUUUAUUAUUUCUUCUUCCAUAAGAAUGAUUACCAUAAAUUCUAAUUGCCUUAAUUUUAAGGACAGAUCAGAAAGACAGAGAUCAACAUCCUAAUGGAACAUAAGGCAUGAGCUUCAGUACUUUAAUUGCAUCCCACAACUGUUAAUGACGUUACUCAUUGGUUUAUAGGGUUAACAUAAUUGUACAGAUUGACAUGGGAAAAAAUUUCUUCUUUCAAAGAAACAUUUUGAUGGAAAAAAAGGUGGUUCUGCAAUUUAAAAAAAAGUUUGGACUUCUAUGAAUUUUAUUGUAAAUGUUAAAACAAAAAUAUAGUUAGCUGUAGCUUUUCACAUUGGGUCAAUGGACUAAAAAAUGGAAACAAAAAAUACACAAGAAGCAACUGCAUCUGAGAGUCAUGCAGUUUUUUGUUGAAUGCUUUUUUUAUUAUUUCAUUUUUCAGUUUAUUUACAAAGUGUGAUUGGUAGCAAAGGCAUUAGUGCUUUCUAUCUGCAGUCUUUUUUAUAAGCUUUAAGAGAUUUUUAGUCAGCUUUGCUUGUCAUAUUGCAAAAAAAGAAAAAAAAACUCAAUAGUUGUAAAAUUAGGAGUUUAUGGGUAAAAAAAGUUGCAUAAAAAGCAAUAGCUAGAAGAAAUUGUUGACAAUUUCUGUAGUAUUUCCGAGUUGUGAUCAAAUGCAGCCUACGGAUGGCCAAUUUCAUACCAAAGAUGAAGUGACACCCUAAAGCAGAUCUGAAAACAGUGUUUUGGUUUUUAUUUUACUUUUUAUUUGACCUACAUGGCCGGACCAACUCUUUAUUCUCUGUUUAAGCUAUCUUCCAUUGGUAUCUUGUGUCAUAUAUACAGUAUUGUUUGCAAAAUAAUGGUAAGUUGGUAUAGCUGAACCCUGUUGAUUGCUUGCACUCCUGAUUACCUAUGACAGCUAAAAUGUUUUUUUUUUUCUAGCAUUACAUUUCCUUUAAGUCUUCCUUAAUUUUCUAUAUAGACCUCUUAGAAUCUUUGUAAAUGGCAGCUUAUUUUUUUGCAUUUUAAGCGUUGUCUGUCAUUUUUAGAGGAACCAUUGACAAUCAGUUUAUAAAAAAAGACAAUAUAUUUCCAUGCAUUGAAUUUCGUAUUUGUUUUCUCAUUUCAUCAACAAUUGCUAAAAGGGCUAUAAAUACUUAAUGGAAACUACCACCAACAUUGUGUUUUUUCCCCUUGUAAAGUCAGAUUUCCUAUUUUAAAUAUACUAUACUUAGAUAAAGAUAAGUGCCAAUAGGGAUAUCACUAGUUAAUCAAAUAUUUUUUAUUUAUUUGUUUAACUUUUUUUUUUUACUCAAACAAGAGACAAAAAUACAAUUUGGUGACAGUUUUUUUUUUCCACUCAAAAUGCAAAGCCCUUUUUAUGAUGUUGUGAAUUAUGUAUAAGGCUAUGUUCACACUAGCAUCAUGGCUUCCGUUCAUAACAUAGAUACUUUUGACUUAAAGGAGUUGUCCUGUUUUACCAAAAAACUGGAUAACUAUGGUGAGUAGCUUAAAAAAAACACAUUACUUAUGUACUUACGCUUAAACAACUUUAGUUUUUAAUUAUCAUUAGGUUUUAGCUGCAGUUUUGGGAUUUUUUGAUGUCAUGAAUAGUGGAACAAACCUAGCCAUUGAAAACUUCAAAUCGUCAAAGGGAAUGCAAAUAAUGCCAAUGUGAACAGAGCCCAGAAUAUAUAUUAUUAACUGACUAGCUUAACUGACUGUUAAGAUGUUCAAAUAGCACAGAUUCAGAAACUAACUCAACUAUCUACUUUCAGCAAACUGGUGAUCUAUUGAGAUUGAUGAUCAAUUUUUUUAAAUUAUGCUAAGUCAAUCGGAAAAUCAUUCAAUCCAAAAUUAAUUUGUACAACUCCAAUGUCACUGAAAACAUGCAAAUUACACAUAAAGAAAUACUAGUAAAGGCAAAUAAAAAAAAUCACUAUUUGAGUGAACAGUAUAGCCUAAAAGUCCAUAAAAGUUAAAGAAACCCCCUAAAAUCAUAAAGUUGUAGCAUUAAUAACAUUUAUCUAGUUCCAGUAUCCUUUUAAUAUACAACUUUCAAAUGACCUCUACUCUAGCAAGCUAAAUUACCAGAAAGUAUUUUAUAGUUGUAUUCCAGGAAAAAAUUAUGAAAGGUUUUUAUCUGAGAAAUGAGAACACAUGACUGAAGAUAUGUAUAAGACAGUUAUAGGAAGGUGUAUAUAACUCCAAUAGUUUUAACUAUUGUAGUGUUUUGAAGGUGGAGAAGACAGUAAAAGUUCUGAUUUGAAGUUUCAGAUUUGAAUGUAUGAUUGGGAAAGGAUUAGCACAACAGACAGGAUUUAAAUUAAAAAAAUCUUAGAAUCUUUGGCCCAUUGAAUUCAAAACUGUAUCCAGUUAUUUUUUUUCUAUGUGAUUGUUUCCAUAUUUGCUAUAGUCUUUUUAAAGGUGUUGCUAUUUCCAUGAUGAUAACUUUUUAUUAUUUAAAGAGUAAAUGUUAGCAGGAUUAACUCUAUUAAUAAUGCCUGAUAGGUUUUGUACUUCUGGAGAAAAGAUAUGACAAUUAUGCAGAGCCUGAGUAAUUUCCCUUUUCUUAUUAUGUAAAUUAGGUCUUUAGUGCACUGAUCGCCACCUUUUUUGCUUUGCCACCUCCUCUCUGCACUACUCUUGACUGACAGAGCCAGGCAUCUCAUCUGGAGCUUACACAGUAGAUGUACUGCUCAUUAUUACAUAUUAUAUUAUUGUGCAUACAUUGAUGACAUCAUCCUCCACCUGAAUGAUGCCGAUCACCUUCUCUUUGGGUGGAGGAUGACAUCAUCAGCGUAUGCACUGUAGUCAUCUGCAAUGAUGGGGAAACAGAAGCUGAUUUACUGCAUAGAGAUUGAGAUUUUGGGGCCAUAUGAAAGUGAAGGGGCUAUUAAUACAAAGUGGAGAAAUACUGGUGCUCUGAUGGGAAAGUGUCUGCCUCUCAGUAGAUUUAAGACCUCAUUCACUUGUUAAUAAAAUGGAAUUACUCAGGAACAGUGCAAAGGAUCUGCAAAAUGGAGGUAUUGUUUAACUCAACAGGAGCAACCGUACCAAACCUGGUUUAAUAGGGUUGAUCCUGCCGACAGAUGCUCUUUAAUAAUCCCCUCUAUUGCUGUAAUAGAUAUUAUGCUGAUGUAUUAUAUCAUAUUACCUUAAUUAGCCCAUCAAAAGAAGAAUCUUGGCUGGAAUGGAUAUAAUUUUUAAUACCUUAAAAUAAUGUGGUUAAAGAUACAUUUCUAAAACCAUAAUAUAAAUUAUUUCAUAAAUGUACAGUUUGCAGGGAAUCAAUUAGUAGUUUAUUUUACGUGUCAAACUGGGAUGGCUAAACUAAAAACUAAGCAUCAAAGACAGACAACGUAAUAAACUCUUUUCUGCAAAAAAGUGAAUAUGUGUAUGUUCAAAUACAAAAAGUAAAAAAAAAAUGUAAUUUUCAAUGGGGCACCGCCUCCCCAUUGGUUUUUCAUUGCAAUUAUAUCAUGACAUCUACCAUGCCUAAGGUACUGGCAGCUUCUUUCUUUUUCGUAUAAAUUACAAUAUAUACAGUGCUUUUUCUUAAGUGGCAGCUUGUUUUCAUUGUUCCAAAAAACCUCAGUAAUCACGAGCACUUAGUGUGUGGCCAAUGGUUAGGGAAGAGACUUCAUGUCUGGUUCAGAACCUGCUGCUAUUUUUACUUGUGUAUAAACUAAACAUCUAUUCACUUUAAGCUGCUAUUGGAAGAUUCUCUAUUUAAGAAAAAUCAUGCCUGGGGCAUAUUUUUUUUUCUAAAACUGUGCGUAAUGGUGACCUACUGUAAAUGUUUGCAUUGUUAAAGUCUAGAAGAUGUUCCAAUGUUUUUUUUUUUUAAUCUUUUUAAUUCAUUAGAACAUUUAUUUAAAAAUGAAUAUAUUUUGUGUUCCAGGUCAUAUACUUUUCAAAAUAUGUAAGGGCUAAAUAUACCAUUGGGAGAUGUAUAGAAUAAAAGGUGAAAUACUGUAAGUCAUUAAAAAUGUUUGAAGAAAGCUACUUUUAUGUUCCAUUUACAUUUGCCAUUGCCUUUGAAGUGUCAUAUUUUGUAAUUUUAUAUGUAUCCACGCUUUUGUCAAAUCACCCAAAUGUAUAUUUAGCAUUAAAAUGUUCUUAAUGUCAGCAUGAAUAAAAAAAGA